CUCAAUCUCAGUCUCAGCCUAUUAGUGGUGGUUCAGAAUGUUUCUGUUUUCAGCUAGAAGACUUGAGAUCACAGUCUGAGGAGGGUGUGGUAGACCUUGUGGAUUGUAGGUCAGGGUUUGUGGAGUCUUUGUUGAACCCUGCGGACUGUGAGUCUAAUCCAUUGCUGUGUAAACAAGAUAACAGUUCUGAAUCUGUUCACUGUAAAUCAGAGAUUGUAAUCUGUAGGUCAUAUUCUGCAGAUCAUAGGUCAGGGAAAAAUGAUAGAAGAUCUGUAAGUUUAACUGAAAGGUCACAUUGUGAAGAAAACUCAGGAUGUCAAGAUUGUUUGACGGAAAAUAGAGAAGCAGGUUCUGAUAUUCUGUUUAGUGGAACAAAGAGUGAGCUAGAAAGUGUAGUUGUUGGUAGUUCUAGCAGUUCAGAAAACAGGUCACCAAAGGAAUGUGAAUCAGAAGCAGUAGAUAGUUGGUCUGAGAAAGCAAAAGGCUUGUUAAGGAAUGAAGUUUGUAAUUUGCUAGAGGCAGAUGGUGGAUCUCUAAGCCAAGGAAACAGUUUUGAAAGCUCCAUACAAGCUGAUAGUGCAUCAAAUCUUCGUUGUAAGAGUGAGGAUAAUAAUUCAGACUUUAGGAGUUCAGUGUUUGAGUAUAGCUCGUACAACACUCAAGGGUUAGAGAACUCAGAUCCUGUCAGUGAGUCGCUGAAGUUUCUUUAUGCAGAUUCUGGGCAGGACACUCAAAACACAGCUAGUGCAUUCAGCCCCGGUUAUGUCAGACGCCAGUGUGAGGCUUUCUCCAGGGCAUCACAUGGCUUGCAGACAUCUCCUAGUGGGGUUGAUACAAACAGGCAGCAGUCUAGAAAAGAACAUCUGAAUUUUUUGUUGACCCCUUCUGUAACAUCUGUUCAAACAAGGUUUCAAGGAUGCCCAACAGAUAGUGCCAGGCAAUAUCAAAAAGGUUACUAUGGUCUUGCUUGGGAUAGCAAAUUCCAUAAAAAGGUUAUGGCCAAAGGUUAUGUAAAGGCUCUGGCUGAGCAGAUUAACCACCAAGGCACUAUAACUAACCUCAAAGAUGAAGAGCUACAGGAGAACAGCCCUAAUGAUGGGGAAAUGUCCAGAAGUGUUGUUCAUAGUUUAAUUCAGGCUGCAGAAGUUCAGCAGUUGAAAGAAAAUGGCUCUGUUUGUAUAACAACGAAGCCAACUUUGCUUUCAGCCAGUUCUGUGUCUAACAACAGCUCACAUCCUGAAGAAGUUUCUGUUACUGCUCAACAAAUACCAAAGAAAUUGACAAUGAAGAAUAAUGAACCUCAGCAAACUUCAGGGACGGAAAAGCCAGCAGCACAUCAAGGAAGUGAAUCUGCAUCUGUCUUCCAGCCACCGCACACCGCUUCCCAUUCUCCUUGCUCAAAGCUUCAGUGCAACAAACUUGUAACAUUUUCAUCAAAGUCCUCGACAAAGUUCCCACCAAAUGACUCUGUGUACAUACCUCGGACACCAACAAGACCACAGCAGUCUUUCAUCCAACAGAAACCAGAAGUAGACUAUACCUCAAAGCCAAAAUAUCACAAAAUGUCAUCAACGGACACAGAACAGAAUAACUGUGCAAGUUCACCCCCAUCAUCCUCUAGAUCUUGCUCAUCGCCAUCAAGAAAAGCAGCAAACAUAUCACCUUUAUCAUCUUCAUCAGAUCCUACUGUGCCUUGUGCUUCAGAUAAACCCGACAGUGCCUCUGAAAAUAUCACAGGCAAUAUCUCUCCCCCCUCGUACAAUACUCAGAUCUUAUCACAUUCACACACCAGAAGUGACCAGGUUUCCCUUAGCAGUGAUGCCAGACAAAGUACUGACCAACACAGUGAUUAUGACAAUGCACCACCUCUAAAUGCUGCAGAAUUGUUUGACUCCAGCUGGUCAGACUCUGACAGCCUUGACGAAGUCAGUGAUGACAAUGAAGAUAAUGGUGACACAAAAGUAACAGCUUUAAACAUUCUACCCCACGACCGUUCAGAAACAAAGACCAGUGAUCAACAGAAAGGUCAUAAUGAGGAUAAAAGGUUCCGGAUUGCGGAGGAGCUGCUGCGGACGGAAAGAGAUUAUGUGGCCAGGCUUCAUCUGCUGCAUCAGGUAUUCUUUUUUCGACUGGAUAAUGAAAACCGUCAGCAAAACUUUCUUCCAGCAGAUACUCUCCAACACAUGUUCUCCAACACCAAAAGUAUUUUCCACUUCCACCACGAUUUUGUGCUUCCACAACUGGAAGGGCGAAUGAACAACUGGAAAAAUGAUCCUCGUAUUGGGGACCUUAUGAAAAAGAAUGCCCCGUUUCUGAAGAUGUACACUGAAUAUAUUCGUAACUUUGACAGAGCAAUGAAGCUCAUCAACCAUUGGCUGGAAAAGUCUGCCAGGUUUUCUGAGAUAAUUCAGGAUGUUCAGAAACUUCCAGAAUGUGGGAAUUUGUCCUUGCAACAUCACAUGCUGGGCCCCAUCCAAAGGGUGCCCCGAUACGAGCUGUUAUUGAAAGAUUAUGUGAAACAUUUACCUGUUGAUUCUCCGGAUAUGUCGGAUGCCAAAGAGGCCUUGGAUUUAGUCACCAAAGCUGCCUGUCACUCCAAUGAGGCAAUGAAAAAAAUUGAAACAUUCCACAAGUUGUUAGACAUCUACCAGAGUUUGCGAGGUGUUCCUGUGGACUUUAUCUCUCCCACAAGAGAGUUUGUCACUCAGGGUCCAGUUAUCAAAAUUGCUGCACGCAGUGGAGAGAGGCAACUAAGACAGAUUUUUCUGUUCAAUGACCUGGUGUUGGUGUGUAGCCAGUACAACCUGCUUGGUACGUACAACGUGCGGUCACUUCUCGAGGUGGAGGGCAUGGAGAUCCGGCAUGGAACAAAUAUGCACAUUCCAAACACAUUUCUGCUGCAUAGUAAACAGAAAGCAGUGGAACUUCUAGAUGAAACUCUGACCGGUGAAAGUUUUGGCUGGGAAGAGAAAAUCCACACUGUUAUUGGCAAGCAUAGAGAAAGGAAAAAGUCAAUCAGACAGGAAGAGCCACGAGAAUUUACAAUCGACACCAAUGUGCCUGAAAGCUGUUUGGGCAAAACAGCGCCAGUUUGGGUUCAGGAUGAUGCUGCAACAAUGUGUAUGCUGUGCAUGUUGCCAUUUAACAUGGUGCGGAGACGUCAUCACUGCCGUGCAUGCGGCAAGUUGAUCUGCAAAACAUGCUGCAAGAAAGCUCCCCUUGAGUAUAUGAAAGGAAAGAUUGACAGAGUGUGUACAGCUUGCUACAAUGUGAUUGUCAACAAACAGAAAAUGUCAGCAUCCGAUUCUUCUACAGGAGAAAGUAGUCCAAAGAAAAAGGGUAUUUUGCAUGUGAAGGCCAGUGAGCCGGCUCUCAUAUCUGGCUAUAUGCACUGCAGUGAAGAUGGAGGACACAGCUGGCAUUACUUGUGGGUCACGGCUCACAAAGAUUUUGUUCUUUAUUCUUUUAAAGCUCAUCAGGACGUUAGUGCAAUCAGCUCACUACCAUUACCUGGCCAUGAGGUGACCCAAAUAUGGGACAUUGAAAGCAAGCCGUACGUGUUCUGUCUCAGCCAUAAGAUGAAAAGAGUCUGUAUGUUUCAAACAGAUAAUGACAAACACAUGAAAAGGUGGAUGUUUAUUCUGGAGAAACUUGUACGUGCUGAAUUACCUGAAGACAGCUCCAGGCUGUCCUCACAGUCCAACAGCAGCAACAGCUCAUCAGCUUCAGACAGCGGCACCAACAAUGAUUACAACCCCAGCAGUACUGGAUCCAGCAACCAAGCCGACGGAGGUCAGCCCUGCAGCAAUAGUAGCAGUCUGUCUACACUGGGUGUUGAUGAUGUCAACCCAGAUAAUGCUGAUGGGAUCAGCCAGUAUGACAAUGUGGAUGGGGUUGUCACGGAGUAA